AUGCUGCGCAGCACGGUCUUCGUGCCGGCGCCGGCGGGGAAGCCCGGCGCGCCCGCGGCAGCGUGCGCGGCGGCCGUGUUGGGCGCCGCCGGGAACGCCCACGCGGACGCGAUCGGAGAUGCCGCUGCCAAGCUCUCGAAGGCGGCAUACCCUUUCAUGAAGGAGGUGCCGUGGAAUUCGGGUUCGUACAAUUUGCCAGCCGGGUCUGCGGACCCGAUCGGCUACACGAAGGCCCAGCUGAUGGCAAUCAACGCCGCGCUCGGGCGCAUGAUCGCGCCCGUGCCCGAGUCCACGACCAUGGGCGUGUACAGCGCCGUCGGGGGCCUGAUGGGCCCGAAGGUUCCAGCGUGCCUGAUGUCGACGGUGAAGGAGUCCGACGCGAGGGCGGCCUACAACGCCUUCAUCGAUUUUACCCAGGUAGUGAAGGCUAACCCCAUCACUCCGUCUGCUCCUACGUCCUCUGUGUCCGGCAGCGCGGCGAGCUCCAUCGCGGCGGCCGCGGACGAGCUGUCUGCCGCCGCCUACCCUUUCGUCGAGGAUAUCGACUGGACCUCGGACUUGUAUUCGAAACCCACCCUGGGAGCUGAUCCGCAGAAGGUCGCCAAGGCCAUCGGCAAUAUGAUCACGAUGGGCGCGGCCAUGGAUGGCGCCUCCCUGAAGGAGGCCGAUAUCGCGCAUGUGAAGGCCAUCGGGGGCAUGGACGCGAAGGGCGUGCUGUUGCAGUCAGAUUUCGCGCCCAUUAAUGCGGGCCUCGGGAAGGCGGUCGCAUCGGUGCCGACCAGCAAGGUGAUGGACGUUUACAACUCGAUGGCCCAGGGGGUCGGGAGCCCCGGUGUUCCCAACAAGCUGUCCUCCACAGAGAACCCGGCUGAUGCUCAGGCGGCGCGCGGCGCGCUCCUGGAGUUCAAGGAUGUGGCGAAGGCCGCGCAGCGCUGA